CUCUCCUUGCUUGUCGCACCCACAAAACCCAUCAUAAAAAGACAUGAAAAACAUGAUUACCAACACCCUGCGAUCAUAACACUACUGCUUUUUCUCCUCUCUCUGUGCCUGUGCGUGUCUGCGUGUGCUUGAGAACUUGUCCUGGGUCUAGUGUAGAGUCCAGAGGCGUGAGACCGCGUUGAAAAGCCUCGUGUACGUGUUUUCCAUCUGACUUCCCGGCGUCUCGCGUUCUGGGAUACCCGGAGUUUUUCCCCUUUGCAAGAAUUCGUCCGCGUCAUAUCUAACCUCCUAUUUCACCCGUUUGUUAUAGUUUUUUUCUUUCUUUCUGGUUCCCCGCGUGUUGUUUUUCCACCUGUUUUCCGAAAGAGACCAAAAGCACACGUCUCUGACUCGCGGUGGGCAUUCGUCGUGACGUCUCGCUCGUGUCUGAUCUCGUCUCCCUCCCUCGCCUCCUUCGGCGCCGCCAAGCACCUAGCAACCCUCGCCCCUCCCCCCUGUUCCGCCCGCCCUCCUUUGCUGUGUUAGGUAAGGAUCCUUGCGUAACGGGCCUUUGUCCCCAGUGUUGCUCUGCGAUCCUUCUUCGCAACUUAACGUUUAACCGCAGAAGGAGCUCACGUCCUGCACAGCUCGUCAGGUUCCACUGGCAGUCGUACCUCGGCCGCUUUGGCGUUCCCACGUGUCAUAUCCGUUCAGGAUGAGAAAUUCGUUUGAAGUUCGACUGCGUUUGUUUUGAAAUAUAAGAAAGAAAAAAAAUAGAAAAAUAGAAAACGUUUAAGGUUUUUGAACCGUAAUAAAAAUAGUCUUUUACCUCAAUUCCACACGAGUAUAGCCUCAGUAAAGAGACUUCCAUUUGCAAGACAAGUAACAAAAAGACAAUAGGAAGAUCGUCAUUAGCAGUAUUAUCCAAAAGGCAAAGAAACACAGAAAACAAACAAAAGGAAACGAAAAAGUCAUUGUUUUCCCUGUAGAACAGUCACCGCUAGAAAGGUCCGGAAAACUCAACUCAAGUUCCACUCCAACGUCUCAGUGCAGUGCCAGCCCGGGUUUCAGCGAGUGCCAUCGUGACCGCGUGCCACGCUAAACCGAUUAGACACCGCGCAGUGAAAGAGAGAGAGAUAGAUAUAGAGAGAGAUAAUCCAUAACAAAUAGCGUAGUGUUUCAACCAGCACGAGAAAAGGAGAGAGGGAAAUCGCGAAAGAGAGAGAAAGAGAAGGAGCGAAAGAUGCUGUCCCUGCAGGAGCUACGAGAGUCCCUGAAGACGGCGGAGUACCUGGCCAGUCUCUCCCUCACCUCACGUCAAGACCGCCAGGAGGGACGUGGAGGGAAGCCGGGGAAGGAGUUCGAGAGGCAUGAGGAGGAAGAGGAGGGAAGGAAGGGCACCCGGAAGCCCUCUGAUGCUGUGCCCUACGUCCCUCCCAAGCAACUCCUCCUCUAUCUCGUGAGGAUGGGCAGCUUCACGUCCAAGCCCAAGCUGGAGAGCGAGGCUGGGCAGGACGAGUCCGUGAAGGUGCCGGAGGACGUGGUCGGCCGGCAGGACCUCCUGGCGUGGCUCCGGACGCCCAUCGCCCACCUGCCCGCCCCGCUGCCCCGCGCCUACCGCCCGCGCCCCGGCACCGUCACGCCCGCCCACGCUGCCACCGGCGACCGCCCGCCGUCCUCCGCCGAGUCUUUCAGGGUCAUGCAGUGGAACAUCCUUGCCCAAGCUCUCGGGACCCACGCCGACAACUUCGUCAAGUGUCCUUCGGAAGCCCUUGAGUGGAACACAAGACGGUUCCGCAUCUUGGAGGAAAUAAUCACGUACAACCCCCACAUCAUCUGUCUCCAGGAAGUAGACCACUACGACCUGCUGGAGCGCGUGUUGGCCACCCAGGGCUACAAGGGAGUGUUCAUGCCCAAGCCCGAGUCGCCGUGCCUCUACCUGCCCAGCAACAACGGCCCCGACGGCUGCGCGCUGUUCUGGGACACGGCGCGGUUCUCGCUCGUGGCCAAGGAGACGCGCGUCGUCGAGGUGUGGCACGUGCAGAGCAACCAGGUGGCCAUAUUACUGAUCUUAGAGGAUGAGACAACAGGAAGGGAAAUAGCUGUCUUGACCACUCACCUGAAGGCCCGCCAAGGAGCUCUCUUGUCCACCCUGCGGGAUGAACAAGGCAAAGAUCUGCUGGGCUUCAUGGACCUACACUGUGGUAAUAGGCCGACGAUCGUCAGUGGAGACUUCAAUGCUGAGCCAACAGAGCCAGUGUAUUCGACAAUGACGCAUGAAUCCACCGGCCUCAAGUCUGCAUAUGCCUUCCUCAAUGAGGGAAAAGAACCUGCCUACUCCACCUGGAAAGUGCGUGAGGAAGGUGACAUUUGCCACAACAUUGACUACAUCUUCUACACGCCCAACAGCCUGACUCCUGAGGGUGGCAUUGACGUGCCAACUGAAAAGGACCUUGGGCCUGGUCGUGCUCCCAGUCUGGCCUACCCCUCUGACCACUUCUCCCUCAUUUGUGACUUCAGUCUGAAGCCAAAUAACCGCAGCAACUUCUCAGACAUGGUUGACAAACCCGUGGAAAGAGACAGUGACAUUUAGUGUACUGUCUGGUAAUCCCCAUUUCAUUCCAGUGUUUUUUUUUUUCUCUGCCAAGUUUACUUUCAAGGCAAUGUAAAGUUUGGGUGAUAAAUUUAAACUGAGGUUAUAGUAUUAUUUUUAGAUGUGCCUUUAUUCUCAGUGUCAUAUAUGCUUUAAUUAAAGUAUACUUAUAUUUUAUGUAGUCUUUUGCAUAUGGACUAUGUGUCUGUUCUUGAUUUAAAAGAAUUCUCUGUAAGUGAACAGUGUCUAUCUCUAUACAAGAAUGAUUUUAAUCAAGGAAAGUUACUCUUAAUGGUACGCAACAGUACCUAAGGUUUGUUUUGUGUUAACAGUAUGAGUUGUUGUUCUGUGGUUGAUCUGUGUUUGCAUUAGUAUGAUUUACAAUCAAUAUGAAUUAGUGAUGCUUUUAUCUAUUUAUUUAGCUAUUAGUGUACAUGCAGUAGCAGUAGACGAGUAUGUGUUUAGUGUGUAAGUAAUCUUACUUGGUCGUGAUUUUUAAAUAUUUUGUAACAAUAUAUUUGCAGUGACUAACAGAUAUCCAUCUUAUUAAAAGGCUUACUCAGGAAUUCUCAAAAGUCUUGUCACUGCUUCCAAGGUAGAAUUAAAUAAAACUUUAAAUAAAGAUAAUAAAAAUACAAGAGGGAAAUAAAGAUGCGUAUUUUCUUGCAAAUUUUUAAAAGUCACGACCAGGUACUCAUGACGUCCACAAUGCACUAUACUGUGUUCAUAUUACACAUUAUUUUCUUGGCCACAUAAUUAUGUUUCAUUGUAUAUGUCCAUGUGUCAUGACACCAUAAUGUUCACUGUAUAUGACCACAUUCAUUAUUUUCCAACCCUUUCACUGUAGUGUUAUAAGUUGUCAGUAACAUUGCAUGAGUAUAUUACAGCUGGUCGUGUUAUGCUUGAUACAUAUAUAUACACACACCACCUUUGUCCACAUGGUGUUUUGAAACAUAGCACUCACUAUGUCUUGAUUUUCAUACAGAAAGUAUCAUUAGUGUCUAGGACAGAUGUUUCCACAAAUAAUAGUUCUCAGUCUUAUUUUAAUAUGCAUUGUGAAAGGUGCUACACUGUUAGAUAUGGUGGAUCCAGCACAGGUUAAAUUGAUGCCUGCUAUUGGUUAGAUAUAUACUGACAAAAAGCCUUAUGUAGAACUUUAUCUUAGGAGAUACAGUGCAAGAUUUUUGAAACACAGUAUAGGAUCUGCCAUUCACCUAUAUAUAUUGUCUUAGAGACAGCAUGCUAUAGUAUGUGAUAUAUGAGGAAAAUUCAAUCAACAAAUCUAUAAUAAACAUUAUAUUUUUCUUUGAAUAUUAUGAAACUGUAAGAGCAUAGGAGUAAUUAUUAUAAUACAAAGUAUUAUUAGUGUUCAGAACAUAUUAAUAUCAACUUUCACCUCUAGAAACAUAGAUUGUUUUGCACCUGUUGAAAUAAGCCUUUCAUAUACUCUUUUUUUCUAAUGGUAGGUCAUGAGUAUCUUUUUUUGUACCUAGUUAUCAAGGUCAUUUUCUUAAUGAGGGGCAUCUUCUUUAUGUGCUUUAAUUGCUAGUGCAUUAUAUUUUUGUUCUCUUCUCUUAUAUAUAUAUAUA